GUGAAGAGUUAAUAGGAAGAUGGCAGAAGUCGCUCCAGCUCCCGCCGCCGCUCCGGCCAAGGCAGCCAAGAAGAAAGCGGCACCUAAGCCGAAGAAAUCGGGCCCCAGUGUCGGGGAGUUGAUUGUGAAGGCUGUGUCCGCCUCCAAAGAAAGGAACGGCCUGUCUCUUGCCGCUUUGAAGAAGUCUCUGGCAGCCGGCGGCUACGACGUGGAGAAGAACAACUCCCGCGUAAAGCUAGCAAUUAAGGCUCUGGUGACCAAAGGGACUCUGCUUCAGACCAAGGGAACCGGCGCCUCUGGCUCCUUCAAGCUGAACAAGAAGCAGAGCGAAACCGUCAAGAAGCCCGCGAAGAAAGCCGCUCCUAAAGUCAAGAAACCAGCAGCAAAGAAACCCGCGGCGGCGAAGAAGCCUAAGAAGGCGGCGUCCUCAGCAGCCAAGAAGCCGGCAGCAGCUAAGAAGCCGACAGCCGCCAAAAAGUCUCCCAAGAAGGUAAAGAAGCCGGCGGUAGCCAAGAAAGCGACCAAGAGUCCCAAGAAGGCGAAAAAGCCGGCGGCAGCAAAGAAGGCCACCAAGAGCCCGAAGAAAGUAAAGGCAGCCAAGCCUAAAGUCGCUAAACCCAAGGCUACCAGAGCCAAAAAAGCCGCUCCCAAGAAGAAGUGAAGGGACAGCUGCUGAUUUCCAAACCUUGGAGAACAAAAAGGCUCUUUUAAGAGCCACCCACUGAUCUCAGAAGUAGAGCUUUAUCUGGAUUUAUUUCUAUUUUAUCAUUUUCAAAUGUGUAUCGUAGUCGGGUAAAUAUGACACAACAGUUAUUUGUUCCCAUUAAAGCUGCAGUGUGUUCACAUUAGCAUGCAUAUGCGAAGUCAUAAUAUGAUGAGAUGCGAGAUACAAUGAUCCUGGAAUCCCAUGUUUCCCCCAGCAACUUUACAGUACCAUAAAUUUUGCAUAUAAACGUAAAAUUCUGCUUAGGUAGUUGACUGAAUAGAAGUUACAUCGUAGCGAGUGGGCGACUAAUUUUAUUUAUUGAAAAUGUGCAGCAAACAAUAUCUUAGUCCUGAUUUAAUAAGCUAACGGUUCGAGCAGGUCUCAGGUUUUGAGGAAGCUUGUUCCACGUACGGGGGGGAUAGAAACUGACCGCUGCUUCGCCUCGUUUGGUCUCGAUUCUCGUAUCACUGAGUAAACCUUCGCCAGGUGACCUCAGGCGUGUGGGUGCCUCGUGCUGUUCAAGUAAAUCCGAAAUGUAUUUACGUCCGAGGGAAUCCCAAAUCAGUAUUUCAAAAUCAAUCAUAUACUGCACUUUCUUGUUGUUAGUGAGGAAUCUGGCGGCAUUCCGGAGGAACUGCGGCUGUCUGAUAAUUUUUUGCCACGAAUAAGUGUUAUUCUAAAAGCUAUUAUGUGUGUUGUUUAGGCAAAAAAUCUUUAAUUCUUGCUUUGUUUGUAAGGUGGUAGUGCGCUGAUUUUGUAAUUGACCUCAUGCAGCUGUCGAUAUUAAAG